AUGACAAUAUUAGGUCAGGAAGAAUACCUGGUGCCUCCAAAGCCUAGCCCCUCUUUAGGAAUCCCAGAAUCAUCGUCGACCGUCAAUGUUCAGAUUAUCGACACGCAAUUUGCUGAUAUGGUCCAACGAAGCACAACUUCCUUGACGGUCCCGAUGGCCACGUUCAUGGGUCCUGAACAACCAGGGCAUACGAGUCUUCUGGGGCCCUCGAUAUCAUUCCUCAUUCAUCACGCACCCACAAACACUCGCUUACUCUUUGACUUGGGCUGCCGCAAAGACUGGAAGAAUCUUUCACCUGCAGUUCUCAAUAUCAUCACCUCUCCAGGCUGGAAUGUUGAAGUCAGGAAGGACGUCGUGGAGACCUUGACUGAGAACGGGAUCGAUGUUCAGGCGGGUGCGAUCAACAGCGUUAUCUGGAGCCACUGGCAUUACGACCACACCGGGGACCCAUCAAAGUUCCCAGCCUCGACAUCUCUGAUUGUUGGGCCCGGGUUCAAAGACGCUUUCAUUCCUGCUCAGUCGUACCCAAGUAACCCUGAUGGUAUGAUACUCGAAACGGACUUCCUGGGCCGUGAGGUGAGGCAGAUCAGCUUUGAGCGAUUCAUCGGCAUUAGUGGAUUCAAAGCCUUCGACUUCUUUAGCGAUGGAAGCUUCUACCUGCUGGAUGCUCCAGGACACACGCUUGGCCAUCUCUGUGGUCUUGCUCGCGUGUCCACAGAGCCGAGCACUUUUGUCUUUAUGGGAGGCGACGCGGCACACCACAGCGCUCAGUAUCGACCGACAGAAUAUCUACCAUUGCCAAGGCAAAUCAGCCCUUCGCCCCUGAUGACGUACAAGCAGCGGCAUGUGUCCUUCUGUCCUGGUGAGAUGUUCGCUUCCAUACACGGAACACCGGAAAAAUAUGCGACCGAGCCCCUGUAUCGGGUUUCCGAGGGUGUAGCAUACGAUUCGAAACUGGCGAGCCAAACGAUCCAAGAUAUGACGCUGUUCGAUGCAGAUGUGAAUGUAUUUGUCGUAAUAGCGCACGAUGCGAGUCUGUUUCUGGAAGAGGUUGGGAUGACCUGGUUCCCGGAAGGAGACCUCAGUGAUUGGAAGAAGAAGGGCUGGAGGGAGAAGGCGAGAUGGGGUUUUUUGAAAGACUUCGAGCCCGCCUUGGUCGAGAAGGGUGUAGUGCUAUAG